CACUCGAGCCCACACGCGUUAUCUGUCUCUCUUUUUAUCUCUUCUAAACGGAGACGGUGAAAAGAUACAAUAAUAGUUAGCGAUAAGAAAUUAGAGACUAGCUCAAUCUCUUCUUUUAUUUACUUUUUAUUUAAUAUUUGCGGAUCAACAAUUGAUAACAUACGAAUCACGGGACCUUUCAGAAGAUUGGUUUUUAUGGGCGGUGAAAUUGGGCUUGUAGUGGCUUAGUCACAGAGUAGUUUCUUUUUUUUUUUUGAUUUGUUAGUUCUGUUUAGUCACAAGGAUUAGUCCUAAGAUCUAUGUCUGAAAUAGCUUGAAAGCUUACUUGUCCAACAGUGGUUUCCUGUAGACAGCCUGAUCACAAUUGGCUCUUUGCAAUGGAUAAAAAAGCGCCUUCUACUCUUUUUGUUAAUGAUGGUUCAUUCAUGGAGAGGUUCAAACAACUCCAGCAAGAGAAGGGGAUGGACCCGGAGAAGGAUAAACUUGCUGUAGAGAAGGAAUCUAAACCCAAAACCAUUAUUUCAGGGACUCUGGCUCCUAAACCUUCCACUGGUAAAAUUAGUUUGCAAUUUAAGGCAAACAAUGCAAACAAGACCCCACAGCCUCCUUCAGGUGGAAAACUUGCAUUCAGCUUGAAACAGAAGUCAAAGAUUGUGACUCCUGUAGUUAAGUUGGGAGAAGAUGAAGAUGAUGCAGAUGUUGGGAAUGUUUCGGGGGAUGCAUCAGCAAAAAGGCAGAAGUUGAGCCAGUCAGAUUCCUCUGAACUAUCAUCCAAACAAGUGGAUGUUGCACCACUUUCCCCGAGUGAUCCUACAGUGAAGAAAGUUGCAGACAAACUAGCAAGUUUUGUUGCCAAAAAUGGAAGGCAAUUUGAGCAUAUCACACGCCAAAAAAAUCCUGGAGACACACCUUUUAAAUUCCUAUUUGACAAGACUUGCUCAGACUACAAAUACUAUGAGUUUCGGCUUGCUGAAGAGGAGAGGGCUCUUUCACAGACCGGGGAUUCUGAAAACUCCCCUAGUGGUGCUACAAGUCCUUCAGCUUCAAAAUUCUCAAGUGGUUCUCAAAGGUCACAUCAGCAGCAACCAAAUUACCAAAUCCCUGCUUCUGCUCUAUAUGAUGCUACUGAUGAGCCUGGGGGUUCAUUGACUUCAGCACAAAUAGCAUCAGUGGGAAGAGCUGGUGAUUCUAGUGGAACAGACCCCAUAGCAAUGAUGGAGUUUUACAUGAAGAAGGCGGCCCAAGAAGAGAGAAGGAGACAGCCGAAACAGUCCAAGGAUGAAAUGCCACCACCUCCUUCCCUUCAAGGCCCUGGUGCUUCUUCAAAAAGAGGUCAUCACAUGGGUGAUUAUAUUCCACAGGAAGAGCUUGAGAAGUUUUUGGCUACCUGUAAUGAUGCAGCUGCACAAAGAGCAGCUAAAGAGUCUGCAGAAAGGUCGAAGAUCCAGGCUGAUAAUGUCGGACAUAAACUGUUGUCUAAAAUGGGCUGGAAAGAAGGUGAGGGUCUGGGGAGCGCAAGAAGUGGUAUUGCAGAUCCCAUCAAGGCUGGUAAUGUAAAAACGAACAACUUAGGUGUAGGUGCUCACCAACCUGGGGAAGUGACUCCUGAGGAUGAUAUAUAUGAGCAGUAUAAGAAGCGGAUGAUGCUUGGUUACCGUUACAGACCAAAUCCUCUGAACAACCCUCGAAAAGCAUACUACUGAACUCCAUUGAGUCGGGCUAUUUGUUUAUCAAGAUGUCUUUGGAAAAUAAAUAGGGUUUGAAAUGCUUAUUACACUGGACAAGGAAUAUUAAAUUGUAUCGUAUGCUAUUUGUGAAAUUGGUGCUCAAUUUCAAUCUUUUUUUCCCCUGUUUUGGAAUUCAAUUCAUUGGAGCAUUUAUGGCAAGGAUGCUUAUCUUUUAA